CGAGUGGUUCGCGUCAAUCGCGAUUAUGGCGCUGAGCGCUCGCCAGCUGAGAGACGAGUAGUGUCGCGCUGAGAACGGUCAUUUGUGGUGGAUAGCGAUUUUCACGAGCAAGCAGCGACAUGGAAGGUCAACAGUUCUGUUUACGGUGGCACAAUUUUCAAAAUACUCUCUUAAGUUCACUUCCAAAGUUGCUCGAUGGAGGUGAUCUGACAGAUGUUACACUCAGCGCUGGUGGUAAACAUAUUCAUGCUCACAGAAUCAUACUCUCGGCUUGUAGUUAUUACUUUAAAGAACUCUUUAAGAACUUGAGUUCCUUACAACAUCCAGUCAUUGUGCUGCCGGGUAUGGAAUAUGCAAAUCUUUGGGCUCUGGUCAAGUUUAUGUAUAAUGGAGAAGUGAAUAUUUAUCAAGAACAAUUACCUGCACUUUUAGCUAUGGCCGAUACGUUGCAUAUUUGUGGAUUAGCUGAUAUGGCCGGGAAACACUCGAAACAGGAUAACGGUUUGUAUGUGCAGUCGCCGGUAAUGCAACCUCAAGAAAGACUGAAUGAAGAGGUAGUAAAAACAGAAUCAAAAGAUAAUAUAAUAGCUACUGGAUCGUCGGAAUCUGUACCAUUGCCUAAAGUAAUGGAUAAUUUAGAGGACGAAGAGCCUAGCAACGAUCAAGAAAGUAUACCGUAUUGCGUGAAAACGAAGCCCUACUACUCGAUAAAUGCAAAGCUGAACCAAAGGGAAAAAACGGCUGUUCCUGUUAACGUAUCUAUUAAUAAAUAUAUCGACAGAGGUUACUCUGAGAACGUAGCGGAUGAGGCAGCGUCGAUUGUGGAGGAUCAGGUCACACCUAUGGAGGAUGUAAAACCAUCACCGGCUGUGUGGGAUGCAAGUUUCAAGUUGCUUGCGGCGUCCGCACCCAGUAGGACCUCCCAGACUUACAACAAAUCCAGUGUCACUUGUCUUAUCUGUGGUAAGCAAUUGAGUAAUCAGUACAACCUGCGAGUACAUAUGGAGACGCAUAGCAAUAGCUCGUACAGCUGCACGUCGUGUUCGCACGUGUCGCGAUCACGAGACGCUCUCAGGAAACACGUAUCCUACAGGCAUCCUGUAGCUUCUUCUCAAAAACGUCCACGAUAUAGUACAUCAAAACCAUCAAUAAUGUGAUGGUGAAGUCACUAUUGUGCAUAGACACUUCAUUAGGGAAUACUUUUAAAAUCUUAUAUCUUUCUAUUAAAAAUUUAAAUUUUUCGUUAAAUAAUAAAGAAUAAAAUAAUUAUUUUCUUUAUCUAAGAUAUCUUUCUAUUAAAAAUUUUAUUUAAAAUUUUCAUUAAAUUACUGAAAGAGAUUGAAAUAAAACAAAUAUUUUAAAUAUAUUGAAAGUAAUAGAGCAUUGUUUUAGAUAUGUUGAAUUAGAGAAUAAUUUAGUAAAAAAAAUUUAUAGAAUGAAUAUGCCUACCUGGUAUAUGAUGGUAGAUAACGAACAUAAUUGAAUUCAUAAGAGCAGCACUGGACUGAUUAAUGAUAAGUCAAGUCAUAAUACCAUCUUCGUUAAGUGUACAAAGUAAAGUGUGAUCAUGUUCCUGAAGACCUUUAGUGUUCGAAUUGUUAUCGCUUUCUUGUUAUUGUUACAUCGUUUUAAUAAAGACAAGUUAGAUAAGUUGUGUGAUUCUCUAGUGCAAAUACAAUAUCUCUACAUAUGUGCAAAAAUAAAGCUGCGGUGGGACAGCCGCGGUUUUUAGUUUUACGAGAUGUGAAUUAUUCUACUAAUAAAGUUAAUAGACACAAAAGAUGCAAAAGAGAUUGCAAUAUAAUUUUUUAAUCGUAUAUCAAGAAUUGUAUUAAAAAAUAAUAUACAAUAUAUUCGUAGACUACGAAAUAAAUAAAAUGCCUCCAAAAUUGAGUUUCCUUAGACACGUGGCAAUAAAUUCUUCCAAAAGUUAA